AUGUCAAAGUCAAAAGCAAUCGACUGCCCUGAAAUCGACCGCGCACCACCACAGGUUGGUGAGAUACAUGAUGCAGAGAAAUACAUGCACCACGAUGCUGUAUUUGGUGACAUGGGCGAAGGUGGCCCCAACUACCGCAACGUACGUAUUGAACACAAUAUCGUCACAACAACCUCUGACCUCUUCAAGUUAGGAUGGAUAGGCACCGCGGUGUUGAUGACCAAAACACAGAUCGGUCUCGGUGUACUAGGAAUUCCUUCUGUCUUAAACACUGUCGGACUGAUCCCUGGAAUAAUUCUGUUACUCGUGGUUGGUGGUAUCACAACUUGGUCAGACUACAUCGUUGGCGAUUUCAAAAUCCGUCACCGUCAUGUCUAUAGCAUUGACGACGUUGGGGAGAUGUUGUUUGGUCCCAUUGGCCGUGAAUUUUUUGGCGUAGCCCUUUCUCUUUCAUUCACAUUCAUUGCAGGCUCAGCAAUGCUGAGUAUCUCAAUUGCAUUUAACGCACUCUCAAAUCAUGCUAUAUGCACUGCAAUCUUCGUCGCUAUUGCAGCUGUCAUCACCUUUGUUUUUGCAAGUAUUCGGACCCUUGGUAAGAUCAGUGCACUCGCUUGGGUUGGUGCCGCAAGCAUUAUUAUCUCCGUAUUCACGGUGACCAUCGCUGUUGGGGUUCAAGACCGCCCAGCUGCGGCACCCCAACAAGGUCCCUGGAAGUCGGACUACAAGCUCUUCAGUAGCCCCACCUAUGCAGAAGCUCAGACAGCAGUCUCUACGCUCAUAUUUGCAUAUGCAGGUACCCCGGCCUUCUUUCCUAUUGUGUCUGAAAUGCGUGACCCGCGCCAAUAUACCAAGGCCCUGGUCGCAUGCCAGACUCUAGUCACGGUGACGUACAUCACUAUUGGCUUGAUCGUCUACUAUUAUUGCGGUACCUACGUUGCUUCGCCUGCACUCGGCUCAGCUGGCGCCAUUAUCAAGAAAGUUGCCUAUGGUGUUGCUCUGCCAGGGCUCUUUGUCACAGCGCUCUUAUGGACUCACCUUCCAGCUAAAUAUAUUUUUGUCCGCAUUCUGCGAGGAUCGCCACACCUCACAGCCAACACUAUAACCCACUGGAUUACAUGGAUUGGCUCAACCUUCACUAUUACCUUAGUGGCUUACAUUAUUGCUAGUAGUGUUCCGGUGUUCGAGGACCUGGUAUCCCUUGUGGGUGCCUCGUUUCAGACUUUACUGUCUACCCAGACCAUGGGCAUGAUGUGGCUGUACGACAACUGGCCUGUUUCUAAACGGGUGCGUGAUAGUCGUUGGUAUAUAGGGGUCGCGUGGAGUGUCUUCGUGAUUGUUGCCGGCACUUACCUCAUGGUCGGUGGCACGUACAGCUCAAUUCUCGCAAUUAUUAAGUCUUAUCAUGAGUCUGGUUGGACUGCUGCAUGGAGUUGCGCAGACAACUCGAAUUCCUCCUAA